AUGAUUCACACAGCUGCUGACUCAUUCAACCUGCCAGGUAGCUCACAUCCAGACGACCACAUUUCCAGCGACGGCGAAGCCUUUCCCCCACAGCGUGUUGACUGGGAGGCUAUGAGAGCCGGCCCCAACAUGGAGGAAUAUCUGCGCAAUGCGCCGAUCCCGGAGUACUCUGACGAAGAAGGCAUCAGUAUGCCCCUUGAUGACCUCGGCGAAAUAUCAGCCACCGACACCAGCGUUGAGGACGGCGAGAACGGGGACCAUGCAGGAGACCAUCACGAAGAGCCCGAGUUCGAUGCCCUUGCCGCCGGGCUCAAGGAGAUAUCCAAUCUGGGAAAGUUCACCGUCAGUAGCCACAAGCAGGGCAACGGUGUUGAGCAGCUGCGCAAUGACAGUUUGAAGACCUACUGGCAUUUUGACUACCAGUACCAGCAAUCGAGCUUACUGACUGGCGAUAGAUCCGAUGGGCCCCAACCACAUAAGCUAACGAUAUAUUUCAUCAAGCGAGUCGGUAUCAGAGACAUUCGCUUCUUCGUGGACUACAAUGAGGACGAGUCCUACACGCCUACCAAGAUCAUCUUCAAGUCCGGCACCAGUGAGAACAACCUUGUUCAGUUCGCCACGAUGGAAAUGUCGCAACCCUCUGGCUGGCAGCAUGUUCCUAUUGUUGGCGCUGGUGGUGGCCCCGACGGCAAUACGCUGGUCUCCUACGUGUUCCAAAUGCAGAUACUUGAGAACCACCAGAAUGGAAAGGAUACCCACCUUCGGUCCAUCAAGAUCUAUGCUGCCGACACUGACGCCCCCAACGUCGAGCUGGGCAGUACGCACCAUCCCCUGCCGCCGAUUUUAGAACAAGGUCGAACGCCACCAUUUACACGCCUGCUCUUUCUCCUGAACCCGGGCUCUGGAGAGGACCCCUUCGAAGCACAGCUGCAAAUCAUCAAUCUCGAAGAUGCGCCUCCCUAUGAAGCGUUAUCCUAUACCUGGGGAAAGCCCACUGACGAGGCGAGGGAUUACAUCUGGCUACAAGGCUAUCCUUUGCCCGUCAAACCGAAUCUAGAGGAUGCCUUGCGCUCUCUGCGCUUGCCGACGCAGGUGCGCCGACUAUGGAUCGACGCCCUCUGCAUUGACCAGUCGAACUUGGACGAACGCUCUCGCCAGGUUCAGUACAUGAGGUUAGUUUAUAAACAUGCCGCCCGCGUGAUUGUUUGGCUGGGCCUCAAGACUUCUGGAACUCAAGAGGCAUUCCUAGCCGCGGAGAGGCUUGCGAGGAUCAGAGAAUACACUCAUCCCGGUCCGAACGCCGCGCAACUUGAUACCGGUGCCUCGCAGCAACUGAUGAGCAGCAUGGCUGAUGACCUGCCCGAGACCUGCAUGAUUCAUCUGAACGAAGUCUUUGAACGGCCGUACUUUAACCGAUGUUGGUGUGUACAAGAAGUGGUGGCAUCGACAUGGGCAAUCGCCAAGAUCGAGGACUUAGAGAUGUCCUUUCUCGACCUGAUCGCGUCGCUAGUAAUCCUCGCCCGAUGGAAAGGGGAAAUCUCAAUCCACCGACCUUACGAGCUGUGGAAUCUGAUUCUAAUGCGCCGCCAGGCGACCAUGACCCAGGGCCGGCCCAAAGUCGAGGGCUCAAUCGGCUCGUUUCUCGGCCUGCUCGAACGGACCCGGACGCUGCAGGCGACCGACGACCGCGACAAGGUGUUUUCUCUACUGUGCAUCUGCGAUGAGGGAUUGAACCCCGUGCUGGCGCUGACGGGGGUCUUUGACAACAAUGACAGCUGGCGCAUCCGACUGAUCCGUCGAGGCUUCACGCGUAUCAACAACUUCGUCAACGGGCUCGCACCUAAUCUCAACUUUGGGCGGCCGAGAGCUCUGCGGCCGGAUUACAAAAGGGAGACGGUGCUGGUUUACUGCGAUCUGACGCGGUUCCUCAUGCGGAAGCAGCCGAGGAUCUUGGACGUCCUUGAUCAUGUACAGCAUAACGAAGACCCGGAUCUUGGGGAGUACCCAUCAUGGGUGCCGAAAUGGUUCGACCAGAGGACUUGCUUCGUAUUCAAGGGGGCAUAUCUCGCCGGUUUCUGCGACGGUCACUUCCGGUACUUUGCUGAGCUUCACGACAUCCCCGUCCGAGACGAUCCCGUGCAACCAAGGGUUUUGUCGUUGGAUGGGUAUCAUGUCGAUGUGGUGCAGAAGACAAGUGAGACGUUCGACUUUGGGUGGGGAUCGCGGGCAACAGCAUCAGCUAUCUUGGACGCCUGGGAUCAGCUCUUCGGUGUGUCUAUUGCGCCCAGGUGCGGACAGAACUAUCGAGACGGCAGUCUGCUCGAUGUAGCAUUCUGCAAGGCCGUGUUGGCCGGUGUCCUGGGAUCGAUCAUUGGUCACAGUCACCUUCUCACUCAGAAGCAUGGGGGCCUCAACCCGCUCUUCGACGACCGCACGCGGAGACCACCCGAAGAGCUUGACGAGGAGGUUCGAGACCUUGCCGAGACGUUUCUCACCCAGGUGGCUGAGUUUGGUCUUCCGCUGACGGCAGAUGGGUUCGGACAUCCAGGACGGGAGGAGAAGUUGCAGACUUUUGGCGCCGGGGCGCGGACCUAUUCGAAUAACCGGCGGGUGUUCGUGACUCGUGGCGGGCGUGUUGGCAUUGGAUCCAAGAUGAUGCAGCCGGGCGACGAUGUCGUCGUCCUCUUCGGAGGCCGCAUGCCGUUCAUUGCGCGGCCCAGAGGGUUACCCAGAGGGCAACACUGGCACCUGGUUGGAAGCUGUUAUGUGGUUGACGAUGAGUUGAUGUGGGGGAAGAUCACCGAGAAGGUGAGAUCCAACCGCGGCGGUCCUCCGCGAGUGAUCUUUGAGUUCCACUGA